AUGUCUCAAACCCACAGUAUUCUUGUUCUACCAGGUGAUGGCAUCGGCCCAGAGAUCAUGGCUGAAGCCAUUAAAGUCCUUAAAGCAUUUGAAAGCCCAGAGCACAAAUUUCAGUUACGCCAGGAAUUAAUAGGAGGUGCCAGCAUCGAUGCGACAGGAAAGUCUGUCACCGAGGAAGUCAAACAAGCAGCUCUGGAAUCCGAUGCCGUCCUGUUUGCUGCAGUGGGUGGCCCGAAAUGGGACAAUGCUCGCCGUGGAUUGGAUGGGCCAGAAGGUGGAUUGUUGCAGUUACGAAAGGCAAUGGAUAUUUACGCGAACCUGCGUCCAUGCUCGUCCAAUUCCCCCAGCACUUCGAUCGCCAAGGAGUUUAGUCCAUUCCGGCACGAGAUUCUCUUCGGUCCUGAUUCCAGCGGCGUAGACUUUGUAGUAGUUCGAGAGAACUGCGGCGGCGCGUAUUUUGGGCGAAAAGUGGAAGACCCGACAUAUGCAAUGGAUGAAUGGGGCUAUUCUGAAGCUGAGAUUGAGCGUGUUGCUCGACUUGCUGCUGAGGUUGCUUUACGACAUGACCCUCCAUGGCCUGUGAUUUCACUGGAUAAGGCUAAUGUGUUGGCAUCCUCUCGUCUUUGGCGCCGCGUCGUUGAAAGAACCAUGACGACGGAGUAUCCCCAACUGAAGUUAAUUCAUCAGUUAGCCGACUCGGCAUCUUUGAUCAUGGCUACUAACCCCCGUUCUCUGAAUGGUGUGAUUCUAGCUGAUAACACUUUCGGUGACAUGAUUUCCGAUCAGGCUGGCUCCAUUGUCGGAACUCUUGGAGUACUUCCUAGCGCUAGUCUCAAUGGUCUUCCUGGCGAUAAAGCCCUGAAGACCCGGCCAUAUGGUUUAUAUGAGCCAACACAUGGUUCUGCUCCAACAAUUGCCGGAAAGAAUAUAGCCAACCCCGUGGCAAUGAUUCUCUGCGUCGCCUUGAUGUUCCGCUAUUCCUUAAGUAUGGAAGCAGAAGCCCGGCGAAUAGAAGAUGCUGUUCGAAUCGUUCUCGAUGCGGGUGGACGGACACCGGAUCUGGGAGGCAAAAUGGGAACCAAGGAGCUUGGUGAUGCCAUUCUGGCUGCUCUGUAG